UCGAGGAUGUGGGUUUUGAAGUUUAUUCAUGUACUGUAGGUACUCAUUUACGUCCAACUAAGUGAUUGCAUUGAAAUCCAAAUGCAAGAAGUUAUUUCUGUGCAGCCCGAGUUGGGCACAGGUAUCUCUGCUAGUUACUAAAUCAUUGCACACUCUCUAACUGUACUAAUAAGUAUAUUUGUUUAAGUGGAAAAGAACUUGUGUAAUUUGCUGCUUACAUUUACCUUGUUAUAUAGAUUUCUUUCUUACUGUUGUUUUACUCUUUUACAGCUUCAACAGGAACUGUACGUCUGUCUGGAGGUUCUCUAAGCAAACAAGGCAGAGUGGAAAUUUAUCACAAUUUGGAAUGGGGCACGGUGUGCGAUGAUGCCUUCGAUAUCACGGAAGCUAAUGUCGUAUGCCGUCAGUUGGGAUUCUCCGGUGCUGUGUCUGUUUACACUGGCGCUCAUUUUGGUGAAGGCACAGGAGAAAUUUGGAUGGACAACGUUCACUGUAGCGGUACAGAGUCUUCACUUAGUGACUGCUCAUUUGAUGGUUGGAGCGUCACAGAUUGCUCGCACUCUGAAGACGUAGGCGUUACGUGCUCUUUAUCUACUGCGACUGCACAUGCAUACGGAGAUAUACGUCUCGUUGACGGGCCUUCAUCUAAAGAAGGACGUUUGGAACUAUUUGACGGUACACAAUGGGGUACAGUUUGUGAUGAUGGUUUCUCGGACUCGGAAGCUCGAGUUGUGUGUCGCCAACUGGGUUAUUCCACUUCUAAUGUGGACGCCCGUGGUAACGCGUACUACGGAUAUGCAAGUGGCCACAUUGUUCUUGACGACGUUGAUUGUGAUGGCGACGAGAGUCGAUUAUUGUCUUGCUAUCACCGUCGUUUGGGACAAUCAGACUGCUCUCACUCCGAAGACGUCGGCGUUAAAUGCAGUAAUAAUGCAUUUCCUGCGAUAUCGAUGGUUGUUUCCAUGUUACUGAACCGUUGUUUUGUUAUUAGGUGAUUUAAGUGUGGCUGCGAUUAUUGCCAUCGCUGUGACUGUUCCUCUCGUUAUUAUCAUUAUUGUUAUCGUCGUGGUUGUUGUCUUGUGUCGACGUUGUAGGGCAAGAAGAACUACAUCUACUACAGUGAUGUAUACUGGUGGUGUUCAGCAACCAGGAGUUGUAGUUCCUGGGCAACCAGGACUUGUAAUUCCUGGGCAACAUCCCGGACAGACUGCGGGGUCCCAGUCUUUGUAUCCGCCAUCUCAGUCUUAUCCUCCACCUCAUUUUUAUCCCCCACAGCAACCUUAUCCAUCACCUCACGUUUUUAACCCGCGUAAUGAAUCAGAAAUCCAGUCACCUUCUUACGAGAUGUCGGUAGAGCAGGAACACGGUCAUCCUACACAAGUUGAUGCGUACCGUCCUCAUCAGCCAUACGGGUAUGGUCCAGCGGCAGGAAGCGGGUAUCCGCCUCAAGGCUGACACUGAGAACUAAAUGUUAGCCGCUGUUGUUUGUUGAGUAGCGUCAGGAUUGGAAUUUGUGAAGAAGGCUACUUGAUGUUGCGCUGCAAACUAGAUGGUACUUGCUGUUUGCUGCUUGCUGAUAGAAUUAGUGACGUGCUGUGUGCAUUGAUUGGCUCGUGUCAUGUUCUCAUAUAUGUUGCUUGACUUGUUUGUCGUGUACGUCUGCACAUGUAGUUCCAGAUUACUUUUUCGUUGGUACUUAUAUCUGUUCUUUGAUGUACAAUAUUGCAAUUUAUUGAUUCCAAGCUCAA